AAUUGGAUUCCCAGUCCCUUUGUAUUGCUUCUCUGAGCUCUGGGAACUCUCGUGGAUUGAGGAUUCGUUGUGCCCAGCCUUGACAUUCGUUUCAUAUAUCGGGACUACACUGCAUUUAUCACGAUGCGCUGGUGGAACACCUUAAUCCUGGCCGCUUGCGCCGGCCGGACGGCUGCACAUGCGGAUCCAAACGAUCCUAGCCAUAGCCUGCCAAAGCUUGCCGGGGCCAGAAGAUUUUUGUCGGAGUUUAAAGGGGGGAGGAGAUGGGACAGCCAGGCACGCGCUAUGCGGAGAGCAGAAAUGCUAGAGGCUCGGGGUGAAGAGGAACUCGAGGAGCGAGGCGAACUUGAACCACGACAGAGAAGUGGACGAUGCGGCGCAGGCCGUGGUAGUUGCGCAGCUAGCCAAUGCUGCUCGGCUGAAGGCUAUUGCGGCGAAGGAGAAGAGUAUUGCACUUCGCCCGACUGCCAAAUCAACUACGGACCUGCAUGUGACGGUAACCAAAAGCCUGACGGUGUGGACACGUCAACUAUUGCGCGUCCAAAACUAGGCAAGGUACGAUACGGCGGCGUGGGCAUUUACGACUGCGUAAACAAUGGUGAUAUCGCUGUAACCUUUGACGAUGGCCCAUACGAAUAUACAAACGACCUUCUCGACAAGUUUGCAAAAUAUGAGGCGAAAGCCACGUUUUUCAUUACCGGUAACAAUAUUGGCAAGGGAAAAAUCAACGACCCAGACUUGCCCUGGGCUUCCGUAAUUCAGCGAAUGGCCGCCGAGGGUCAUCAGAUCGCAAGCCAUACUUGGUCGCACGAGAACUUCAGCCAGUUGACUACAACCCAGUUCAAGAAUCAAAUCAUAUGGAAUGAGAUUGCUUUUAAUGAUAUCCUUGGCUACUUUCCUACCUAUAUGAGGCCGCCCUAUUCCAUCUGCGCCGCCUCUUGUCAGACCCAGUUAGCUAACCUUGGAUAUCACGCUAUAUACUUUGACUUGGACACGGAAGGAUACCUUCAUGACGAUGCAAGCCAGAUCCAGACUAGCAAAGAUAUCUGGGAUGAUGCAGUUGAUGGGUCCAGCCCGUGCGAGGAUAGCUAUCUCGAGAUCGAGCACGACAUCCACUACCAAACCGUUUACAACCUCACAGAUUAUAUCCUCGAAUCGCUCUUUAGCCACGGCUAUAGGUCUGUCACUGUGGGGCAAUGCUUAGGCGACCCCCCUGAGAACUGGUACCGUGCUGGCACCGGUAAGGUUCCCGAGUAUAACUUCACCAUCCGUGCCCCGACCGGCACUUGGUCUUGCCUGAACCCCACGCCCACCUCCACUCGCCCAAGCCAGCCGACCAGCACGUCAAAGGUUAGCGAAGAUGGUCGAUGCGGCGACGGGGUAACUUGCGCGGGCUCUCAAUACGGAAACUGUUGUUCUACCAAUAAAUGGUGCGGUGGCUCCAUCGACUAUUGCGGCUCAAACUGUAGCCCGGAAUUCGGAACCUGCUCCUCGGCGGACUCGCAAAUCCCGACCAGCAUCCCGCUCCCUAACGGACCGGGAACCCCUGAUGACCCCCUGACAACCACAGGAUCGGCACCCGCCCCCACCGGAACGCUUCAAGUAUCGAUUGAGGGAAACUGCGGUGACGGAUUCACUUGCGAAGGAUCGGAGUUUGGAAACUGUUGUUCAGAACACGGCUGGUGCGGCUCAACUAUUGACUACUGCGGCGAGGGUUGCCAAUCAACUUUCGGAUCAGGAUGCCAGUAGUAGCAGCAGCAGCAAGACGACUAAGAAGUCGACCUCAAAAUCGACCAGCAAGUCCUCCUCGACUAAGAAAUCCACUUCUCAUUCUACCUCUCAUUCUACUUCCCACUCGACCAGCCAUUCCUCAUCGCAUACUAAGACUCAGACUCAGGACCGAAGGGCUGAGGAGACGCAGCGGAGCUAGUUCGUUGGCCAUGUAUAUACUGUCUUUACUGGGUAAGAAGGAGACGAGAGUCGUAUGGGAUCGCUCCACGGGGGAAUAGGUUGUUUUGCAAUGUAAUUCAGGGGUUGGAAGAAAAAAAGAUAGUAAGAAAUAAUUAGCAUUUUGAAACGAUAUGAUACCGG